AUGAGGGAGGUUCACGAAUCAACCGCUCGGAGACAUGGAGCCCAGAAGAUCGGGGAGGACAGCGAGGAUGCUGAAUUGGAAGCCCGCGUGAUGGCUGCCUGUUAUAAGCAUUUCGAACUCACCAUCGAGACUGUGGAUGGUAUGAUAAUGCUUGUACUCACCUAUAAGCGCGAAUUUGUUAAAGGAUAUUGGCGAAAGAAAAAAUGGGCGAUUCCCAAGCACGCAUUUUAUGAAGUAUAUGCUGAGGAUGUGCCUAUAUUUCUAAACCUUUUGACAUUCUUUUUACCAAUGGCCACCGCAGACAAGGCUUUCACAGAUUACGGUUCAGUGAGCGAAAUCCUAGAUGCUGUCGAAAUGUAUGAGCAAGUCGGUCCUUUGGAGGAUAAGAUCCUUGAGGUGAUUCAUGUGCGGCAAGUGAUGAGAGAUCUGCCGGUUUUUCGUCAAUAUCUUGAGCAUGAUGUGGACAAUUUCAAAGGCCACGCUAGGGGAGCGGAUUCCUUCGGAAAGGCCUUGGUCAAUCUAGGUCACAGAAGUGGCUAUACGCUGAAUAUUACUGUACGGGCGUGUCGAAGAUGGGCUUUACAGCAAGCAGAUAAGACGUAUUCCGAGUCUGCAAGAAUGAAGUUCGCUGGGCAAACCAACCGGGACACAUACGGAAAAUCAUACGCGCAUCCUCUUAGUGAGGUUGAUGGACCGGCAAACUACCUCGGAAUUGCCAGCAGACAAGAGCAUAUCCAGAAUCGUCGGGGAAUGGGUCUUUACCGCAAUUCCUCUUUAUCGCAGCUCCUUCCUGCGAAAGCUGAGUAUGAAUUUCUUGCCCGAGAGGAUGUUUAUGCUCUUGACCAAAUCAUGGCAAAGUUGAGUUUGCUACUCCCAAACGCCACGCCGGAAGAAAAACACAAAAUUCAACUAAAACAGAAGAGGGUGUAUAAUGAGAAACGGAGCCUUUAUAAUGAAGAGCUCCGAAAGGCCCAAGCGCAAUCAGGGAGAGAACAUGGAAGUAUUUACACUGAAACCAUGUUCCACUACAGGAGAAAGGCCAUGCCUGUCUCUGUGGAAGGUCCAUCGAAGAAUUCAAGGAUCACCGAAAAUGGUUACAUCUCUACCGUUGCUACUCAAGGCAUUACAAAUCCACCCACGGAUUUGCACAAAUAUGCUUUGAAUGCGACCUAUGGUUUACCAAUGAAUCAGAGUGGGAGAAUCAUUGCCAGGAGCAUCUUGAUAAUCCAGGCGAUUUGCUCCGUUGCGAUCCUAUGA